AUGGCGAGGAUUGUUGAUGAAUCUCUCUCGGCUCGAGAUGCUACAGAUGAAGAGAUUGGGUCUCUGAGACAUGUCGUUGACAAGCUACCCAGAAAAGUCUGGGUCUCCUUGAUCGUAAGUGGAGCAGAGCGCUUCACAUACUACACAAUCACAACUCCUUGGCAGAACUACAUACAGAAUGCUCCGGGUGAUGGUGCCGUGCCAGGUGCUCUUGGGCUAGGGCAGUCUCGCGCGACCAUGAUCUUCAACGCCUUCUACUUAUUCUAUUACUUGGUGCCCAUCCCCUUCGCCCUUGUGUCGGAUGCAUGGCUAGGGCGAUACGUGGUUCUCUGUAUCAGCCUGAGCUUGUAUUUCUGUGGCACGCUCGUACAGUUUAUAACGUCUCUACCCUCGCUUUUUCGCUAUGAAUCUGGCCUGGCGGGCCUUAUUCUCUCUAUGAUAUUAAUAGGUCUUGGUGUUGGAGGAACAAAAGCAGCAAUCACGCCCUUCAUCGGAGAUCAAUACCCGGUCAAGCCUCCACAAGUCAAGACCCUGGCAACCGGAGAACGCGUGAUCAUAGAUCGAACUUUGACCUUGCAGUAUAUAUACAACGUCUACUACUGGCUAGCACUUUCAAGAAUCAAUGGGUGGCACAGGCUAACCCAUAGUAGGAUCACCAAUAUCGCCGCACUCUCUAUUCUGGCGUCGACUUAUCUCGAGAAGGAACGUGGCUUCUGGGCGGCCAAUGUCCUUGCGUUGUGCUCAUCCUGGAUUGGGGUUGCCUUGCUUGCUAUAUUUGGCAAGGAACUCGAACGGUACCCAGCUCAAGGUGGUGUUUUGUUAAAAGCUGGAAAGGUUCUGACAUAUGCUAUCCACGAUAAGUUCAAGAUGGAUGCUGCACGACCACACUACCAAUUAGAAAAACACAAUCGGGCAGUCCCAUGGACGGAUCGUUUCGUUACAGAGAUUCAAAGUGGGCUUCGUGCAUGUCAAGUCAUGGCGUGGUUCGUGUUGUUCCAUCUUGGCAUCAACCAGAUGACCAACAACCUCGUUUCGCAGGCAGGCGAGAUGCAGCUUGCCGGCUUUCCCAACGACGGCAUCCAGGUUCUAAACCCAAUUGCCUGCGUUCUACUCGGCCCCGUCAUCCAGAAACUACUCUUCCCAACCCUUGCGAAAUACCAGAUCCCCUUUGGUCCCCUCAUGCGCAUGACUAUGGCCUUCUUGACAAUGGCAGCGACGUUCGCUUACGCGGCUGGAGUGCAGAAGAUGAUCUACAAUUCUGGUCCCUGCUACGAGGCUCCAUUGGUUUGUCCGGCAGCGCAAAGAGCCGGACAGCCCGCCUUGCCUAAUGAAAUCAAGGUCUGGGUGCAGACGCCUAUAUAUGUGAUCUUAGCUGUGUCUGAAAUAUUCGGCUUCGUCACUCUCAGUGAGUAUAGCUACAGCAAGGCACCUAAGGAUAUGCGCACUGUAGUCCAGUCGAUGAGGCAGCUGAGUGCUGGCAUUGGAAGCGCUAUCGGUAUAGCUCUUGGUCCGGUUUCACGUGAUCCAAAGGUAUUAUGGAUGGACGUCGGACUGGCAGUAAGUUUGGGGCUUUCAGGGCCGCUGUUUUGGGCGGUUAUGGGUCACCUUGAAAAAGAAAAGGACGAUAUGGACACGAUGCUUCUGAACGAGGACCGGAGUAGGGAGGCACACACUGGGGGUGAGGUCAUUUCAGGAACUAAAAACUGA